AUGGAUGCUGAAGCAAGUUUCUCACCAAUUGCUCCGCCGGUCUUUGAUAGAGAUAAUUAUCAGAUUUGGGCAAUACGAAUGGAGACGUACUUCGAUGCUUUGAAUCUCUGGGAAGCUGUGGAAGAGGAUUACGAUAUUUCAGCCCUACCAAAUAAUCCUACCAUUUCUCAGAUUAAAGCACACAAGGAAAAGAAGACAAGGAGAUCGAAGGCCAAGGCAUGUUUAUUUGUUGCUGUAUUGUCAACAGUUUUCAUGCGAAUAAUGUCUCUGAAAACUGCUAAAAAAGUAUGGGAUUAUCUCAAGGAAGAGUAUUAUGGAGAUGAAAGAAUAAAAGGUAUGCAAGUUUUAAACUUAAUUAGGGAGUUUGAAUUGCAAAAAAUAAAGGAAUCUGAAACAGUGAAGAAAUAUUCAGAUAGACUUCUAAAUAUUGCAAAUAAGGUGAGGCUACUCGGCUCUACAUUUUCAGACUCGAGAAUUGUUCAGAAGAUCCUUGUAACAAUUCCUGAAAGGUAUGAAGCAACAAUUACAACCUUGGAAAAUACUAAGGAUUUGUCAAAGAUUAGUUGCUCAAUUCCCCGAAAGCUCAAGAGCAAAUAA